UAGAGGGUCUGGGGGAAAGGGUGGAGCUCCCAGGGUGGGACCACCGACAGGCGGACCGCAACUCCCACCCCGGGGCGGCGUGAGGCAGCAAGGGUGGCUCGGAGCCCGGACGAACGGAAGAAAGUGGGAGCCGCGAGGGCCCAGGUCGGUGGUAGGGGAGGCGACAGCCGAUCCCGCUCCAGCUAGACGCGCCCUCGCUUCCCCCGCAGGCUCUGGAGGACCCGCGUCCUGCGCGGGGCCCCGCUGGGCCCGCCCCUCGCCGCCCCGCCCACCCGACCCUGGAGGCCCCGCCCCUAGCCCCGCCCGCUUUCGGCCCCCGCCUGCAGAGCUUCGCUGCGGCCUUCGCCAUGGCCGCGCCGCGGCUGGAGGACGUGCUGACCUGCUCCAUCUGCCUGGGGCUCUACGUGGAGCCGGUGACGCUGUCCUGCGGCCACAACUUCUGCGGGGCCUGCAUCGGGGACUGGGGACGCGGCUGCGACAAGGCGUGCCCCGAGUGCCGGAAGCCCUUCCCCGACGGCGCCGAGCUGCGCCGCAAUGUGGCGCUCAGCGCAGUGCUCGAGGCGAUGCGCGCGGGGCCUGGCCCGGACUCGGCCUCCGCCUCUGGCUCCGCCCUGGGCGCGCGCUGUCCCCGGCACGGGCGGCCGCUCGACCUCUUCUGCCGCACCGAGGCUCGUUGCAUAUGCAGCGCGUGCACCGUGAACGAGUGUCUCCUCCACGAGCGGGCCCUACUGGACGAUGAGCGUCGGGAGCGCGAGGCGCAGCUGAGAGCCACGCUGGAGGUCAGCCAGCAGCAGGUGACCCAGGCGGAGAGGCAGCUGGAGGAGCUGCAGCAGCAAAGCAGCCAGAUCCAGAGCUCAGCCUGCACCCUGGCCUCCAUGAUCUCGGGCAAGUUCAGCCGCCUGCUGCAGGCCCUGGAGAUGCGACGGGCCUUGGCACUGAAGGACAUCAAGGUGGCCGAGACCCAGGCACUAGCACAGGCCCAGGAAGCAGAACAGCGACUGCAGGGCCACCGGGAGGCCCUGGUUUGUUAUGACCGCAGGGUCCAGGACCUCCUGCAGCAGCUGGAUGACCGCACCUUCCUCCAGGAAUCGCAGCUCCUGGCCCCCCCAGCGCCUCUUGGGCCUCUGACUCCUCUGAAGUGGGACGCAGAUAAGCAGCUGGCCGGCCUGAAGGAGUCACUGAGCCAGCUGUGUGGCCUCCUCCUGGAGGAGGGGGACCGCCCCAGGGCACCUGCUGAGGCUGCUGAUUCAGGCCCUGUGGAGGGCCCAGGUCCCCUGGCACCAGUCCCAAGCCCAGUUUGUCCACUGAGGAGGAAACUCUGGCAGAAUUACCGCAAUCUGACCUUCGACCCAGACAGCGCCAAUCGCCACCUCUACUUAUCUCGGCAGGACCAGCAGGUAAAGCACCGUCACAAGCCCCGGGACCUGGCUGGGCCAAGCAGCUUCGAGCUCUGGCAGGUGCGGUGCACCCAGAGCUUCCAGGACGGGCGACACUACUGGGAGGUGCGCACAUCUAACCACUCGGUGACUCUGGGCGUCGCCUACCCAGACCUGACGCGGCGCAAGCAGGGGCCCCACACGGACAACAUCGGGCGCGGGCCAAGCUCCUGGGGGCUCUGUGUUCAGGAGGACAGGGCGCAGGCCUGGCACAACGGGGAGGCCCAGCUCCUCCCAGAGGUGUCGGGGCGGCUCCUGGGCAUGGACUUGGACCUGGCUUCUGGCUGCCUCACCUUCUACAGCCUGGAGCCCAGGGCCCAGCCCCUGCAUACCUUCCAUGCCAUCUUCACCCAGCCCCUCUACCCUGUCUUCUGGCUCCUGGAGGGUAGGACUUUGACCCUGUGCCAUCAGCCCGAGGCCAGGCUCCCUUCGGAGCUCCAGGAAGAGGCCUCGGAGCCCAGCUGAGGAAGGAACGGGAUGGAGCUCUGGGCCAGGAACGGGCCACCAUACCUUUGUGCCCAAAAGCUGCCCAGCCCCUAGCUUGGGGACCUGAGGCCACAGCGAUAAUGGGACGAGCUUUGGGCCAGAAGAUCAACUCAGAACUAGGCGGCGCCACUUGGGAAGAGAGGUUGGGAGGGCGCCCCCAACCGGAGGUCACUCUCCAGCAUCACUGAAGGACACGGGGACAAGAAAGGGACUAAAACGGGAGGACGCUGCCCAAGCACAGCCCACUUCUCCACGCUGCCGCGGCGGUCUGAGGCUGGCGCAGCGCCCGUGGGCUCCUGGUCCUGCAGCAGAGCAUGCGCAGUCAGGCCUCCCCGCACAGUGUGGUGCACGGACACACUCCGCGGCCCGCUGGCCUCCCGUGAAGGUGACGUAGAUCAAAGGAGUGCGGCGGUGGGCGGGAGGUCGUGGGGGGCCACAAAGCAUGGACAAUUCCUGCAGCAAACCUAAAGAAAAUGAUUUUUUACUUCUUUCCUCUUUUAUUUUUGUUUUUGUUAACAUUUUGGUAGAUCUUCGUUGCCUUUGUACAUCCUUGUGAUUGCAUUUUAAAAACACUGUGUUUUUUGCAUUUUUGUAAUUUAGCAUACCCAUUUUUCAUGGUAAUCAUAUUUUCCCCUGAAUGAUUACCAUAUAAACAAUCUUUCUAAUGAAUAUCAGAAUUUAUUUCCCUAAUACAGGUACCCUCCACUCUCCAAAAGUUCAAAUUCUGCCGCUUGGCUUUCCUAAAAGACCUGCAUUAGCAUGGUUCCAAAUUUCUUUUUUUCAAAGAUUUUAUUUAUUUAUUUGACAGAGAGAAAUCACAAGUAGAUGGAGAGGCAGGCAGAGAGAGAGAGAAGCAGGCUCCCUGCCGAGCAGAGAGCCCGAUGCGGGACUCGAUCCCAGGACCCUGAGAUCAUGACCUGAGCCGAAGGCAGCGGCUUAACCCACUGAGCCACCCAGGCGCCCCAGCACGGUUCCGGAUUUCUUUUGGUUAGUGCGGACAGGUACCUUUGGAGGUCUUGUGUAACGCAAGGUGGCAGAGGGGCAAACUUGGGCAAGCCAAGGAUACUCUCUACUGUGUGCCCUGUCUGCCUGUGAAAGCUCUCGUAAGGACACUCUACUUUUGGAUUGCUCAGGGGACCCCAUAUCAGACAUGUUGGCAUUGUUUUAUUUGGGGCUGUAAAAAUUCCACCACAAUGUGUAUUUCUGAGCAGGAAGCUUUGCCCCUGUCCGUGGCUAUGUAGGUAGGCUGAGUUCAGUGGAGUUACUCAACAGAAGCAUAAGGGGCACCUGGGUGUCUUGGUUUCUGCUGGGGUCCUGAUGUCAGGGUCUCCGUAAGACCCUUUCGCUCCCUCCCUCUACCCCUCCCCCCUUAAAUAAAUAAAAUCUUCAAAAAUAAUAAUAA